UUUCUUGCGUGACGUAUAAUCUAGUGGACGGAAAGCUUCAACGGCAGUAAAAGACUACUGAUUCAACCACUUCGGUAGCGCACAUUAAACCAGUCUUGUUUAUAUUAAUGUCAGUGUUUUUAAACAUCAUUCUGUUUUACGUAUUGACUAGUUGAAAAAAAAGAAGUUAUUUGCUUGUUAAAUGAAAUUGGCUAAUGUGUUCAAUUGUUAACGUUACUGCACUAGGCUAAACGCUAAUGCUAACUAUCUAGCUAGCUAACAUCGCGACCAUGUGCUCACUAAGCUAUUCGGAGAAAGAAGCUCUAGCGCUGAUCAUCAUCGUAAAAGAAGAAGAGGAAGAAGCUUUAAGAAUAAAAAAGGAAGAAGAGGAGACUGUCACAUUAGAAGAAGAAGAGGUGGAUAUUACAGUGAAAGAAGAGAAAGAACCUUUUGGAGUAAAAGACGAAGAGGAGGCUAUCUCAAUUAAAGAGGAGGAUGAGGAGGAGACUGAAGAUCCUGUUAACACCAGAGAGAGACAUGACUAUGGUGGAUCCUCUGUGGAGCCUCAACAACAUCCUGAUGCUGACGAGGCAGAGAAGAGUCUCUCCAGAUCAGAACACCAGAUGGACAACGCUAGCCCUUCCUCCCUGCCGCAGUCCCCGUGUCGUUCCUCUCCCGGUAGCACCUUACUGCUGGGUAUAAAGAGGUUGUCUGUGCUGCUGGUGGACUGCAGGAAAACAACGGGGCUGAGUGGAACUGUGAGAGGAGAAGAGAUGAAAGGAUCAGAUUUGACUCAUCAAAAAGAGAGACCCGACUCAGAGGAACCAGAGACGUCUGAACCAGUGAGACGACACCACUGUUCCCAGUGUGGAAAGAGUUUUAACCAUUUAGGAAAUCUUAAAAACCACAAGAGAACACACGCAGAGAAGUCUUACAACUGCUCUCACUGUGCAAAGAGUUUUACUCAUUUAUGUAGGCUAAAAUCGCAUGAGAGACGACACACAGGAGAUAAGCCUUACCAAUGCUCUCAGUGUGGUAAGAGAUUUUUUGAGUCAACAGAACUGAAAGUUCAUAAGAUAAUACACACAGGGGAAAAACCAUUCCAAUGCUCCCAGUGUGUAAAGACAUUUUCCCGGCCAGGGGACCUGAAAUCACAUGAGAGAAUACACACAGGGGAAAAGCCGUAUCACUGUUCCCAGUGUGGAAAGAGUUUUACAAGUUUAAAAGUCUUGAAAAUGCAUGAGAGACGACACACAGGGGAAAAACCAUUCCAAUGCUCUCAGUGUGGUAAGAGAUAUGUUGCGUCAACAGAACUUAAAGUUCAUAAGAGAAUACACACAUGGGGAAAACCAUUCCAAUGCUCUCAGUGUGUAAAGACAUUUUCCCGACCAGGGGACCUGAAAUUACACGAGAGAAUACACACAGGGGAAAGGCCGUACCACUGUUCCCAGUGUGGAAAGAGUUUUACAAGGUUAAACAUCUUGAAAAUGCAUGAGAGAAUACACACAGGGGAAAAACCAUUCCAAUGCUCUCAGUGUGUAAAGACAUUUUCCCGACGAGGGGAACUGAAAUUACACGAGAGAAUACACACAGGGGAAAAGCCGUACCACUGUUCCCAGUGUGGAAAGAGUUUUACUCAGUUAGGGAGUCUGAAAAGUCAUAAGCGAAUACACUCUGGAGAGAAGCCUUAUCGCUGCUCCAAAUGUGGAAUUGCCUUUUCAGAGUCAAAAACCUUGAAAAUGCAUGAGAGAAUACACACAGGUGAGAAGCCGUACCACUGUUCCUACUGUGGAAAGAGUUUUAGAAAAUCGCAACAGCUGAAACAACACGAGAGAAUACACACAGGAGAAAAGCCUUACCACUGUUCUCAGUGUGGAAUGAGUUUUAGGCUUUUAACGGGCCUCAAAGGUCAUAUGCAAAUGCACUCUGGAGAGAAGUCAAACACAUGUUCUCAUUGUGGAAAGAGUUUUCUGAGGUUAAGCACUCUGAAAUCGCAUGAGCGAAUACACACACAAAAAAAACUCCAAUGUUCCUUGUGUGGAAAGCGGUUUACCCAGUUAGAAGCCCUGAUUGUGCAUCACAGGACACACACAGGCGGGGAUAAGACCUACCACUGCUCCCAGUGUGGAAAGAGAUUUAACUGGUUAAGGCACCUGAAUAAGCAUGAAAGAAUACAUACACAGGAGGAGAAGACAUACCACUGCUCUCAGUGUGGAAAGACAUUUUCCCAGCCAGAGGACCUGAAAUCACAUGAGAGAAUAGAGAGGCUGUGUUCUGACUUGUGUUUCUGACUGAUCAUUUGUGUUUUUGUUUCAUGCCACGUGAAAUCAAAUUGUAUGAAACCAGAAAAAAAUGUUCACUUUUGUUGUUUUUUCAUUUAGAGACAUGAUCACGUCUAAUAUCAGAUUAAAUAUUUAAAACGGUCUGUUUGGUUUUGAUGAGCUUUGAUUGAUUUGAUAAGUAUAAACCCUCUGUUGUUCAUCAUAUGAUUUUCUAUUUGUUAAGGGAUUUUUUUAUUAUCAAUAAUGACUAAUUAUGUAUACAUUUCAAUCAGGACUGACUAAUCAGAAUACUAUUAUGUUACUGUAUAUGUACCAAUCAGAAU